AUGAUAAACCUGGAAAUGAAAAACAGAGAAAAAAGAAUUCACGAACUAACUGGCUUAAAAAUACGCAAAUUAUAGUUUAUAAUAGAAAUGAAAUAGAUGAUUACUUAAGCAGUGCUUUCAAACAGAUCCUAUACCAA